AGUAGUUGGUUGUUGUUCUCCGGUUUGAUUAUUUACUUUUACUUGUUUACUUGGGGAGAUAAGUGUCAGAUUAGUGUUCAUGGGUGUAGUAGAAUCACAUUAAAAAUAGAACAAAAAUCGUGGCGUCGAUCCCAGAAAAAACAGUCGCUCAUAUACCCAUACAGUGAUAAGGUCAGCAGAAAACAAGCUGUCUGCCAUUGUGGAGCUUGAUUGUGAUAAUAGGUUUUGAACUCAGUUUGACAGUAGUGAUGGUAGUAUGGUGACAAUAUGGUGGCAAGGGAUACUAGAGGUUAGAACAGUGUGAUCCAGAAGGAUUGAAUGUAAUUGCAUUAUUGAUUAUCUGAAGCUGCAUGUUCACUAAUCUGGAGAUGGGUGAUUCGGCUCCACAUGCCCAUGGACCUGUGGGAAACAACAAUCAGCCUGAUUAUGAUUACCUCAUUAAAUUCCUUGCUUUAGGUGAUUCCGGUGUAGGUAAAACAAGUCUAUUAUUCCAGUAUACAGACAAUACAUUUAAUAAUAAAUUCAUCUCUACUGUCGGCAUAGAUUUCAGAGAGAAACGUGUGGUACAUCGGAUGCCAGCAGCAGAUGGAUCUAUUGGCAGAAGCCAAAGAAUACAUUUACAAUUGUGGGACACUGCUGGGCAAGAAAGGUUUCGUAGUUUAACUACAGCCUUCUUCCGUGAUGCGAUGGGUUUUCUCCUAUUAUUUGAUUUAACUAAUGAACAGUCUUUGAUGAAUAUUCGUAACUGGCUAUCCCAGCUUCAGACUCAUGCUUAUUGUGAGAAUCCUGAUGUUGUGCUAUGUGGAAAUAAAAUGGAUUUAGAAGAUCAAAGAAAAAUACGAGAAGAUCGGGGACGAGAAAUGGCAGAAAAAUUUGGUUUGCCAUAUUUUGAGACAAGUGCUGCUACAGGUCACAAUGUUUCUAAAGCUGUUGAAUGUUUAUUAGACAUGGUGAUGACAAGAAUGGAAAAAUGUACAGAUAAAACCAAAUUACCUGGCAGUCGACAACGCAAUGGUCAAACAUAUAAACAAAAAGAUGGCGGUGAGACAGGAUGUUUUUGCUAACACCUAAUAUGUUAUUUGGUUACAUUUAAUUCCACAUUUUACGACCUCAGAUGUUCACAUACUUAACUCUUUUGCUACCAAGUUAACAACCAUACGGUGACCAAGGAAACAAAUUAAAAUUUUAAUUGUUUUUUUUACUAUAAUACCCCAAAUAAAAUUGUCCGAAGAGCAAAAAUACUAUACUUUAUCAGUUUCACUUUCAAAAAUAUUCCGUCUUCAUUAGCCCAGUUGGAGCAGAACAGUAGAAUGUUCAACCCCAUUUCAUUUAAUAAAUAUCUUUUAAUACAUGUGCUUUUUCACAUAAAUACUCUGAAGCCAGCUCGUGUUGAAGCUUGACGGAAAGACAAGUUGCUGUGAGUGGUUUGUGGUAGCAAAUGAGUUAAAUCUAUGUUAGCAUGUAGAAUCUAUGCCUCAAAGUAAGAUCACAUAUAUUUUUUGUUAGUGACAUAAUGGCAAAUUAAUGACUUAUUAGAAUUAUUGACAUGAUGAUAGUCAUAAUGUCUUUAUUGAUGUGAAUGGUUGUGAUCUUGCGAAAAGUAAACUUUAAUGGACCUGCCUACAUUAAUGAAAAGGGCAAGAUAUAAAUAAUUUGAAUGACUGAACAGCAAAGCUAAAAUAAAGAAAUUUGUGCAUUUUGGAUGGUAAAGUUCUGAAACACUAUUUGCAUUGCUGAAAUAAAUUGAACAACAUAAACGAUUCUUUGACCGUGGGAAUUUAAAGACUACUGGAUAACAAUAUCAGUCAGUAAAAAUAUAAUGAAGCCAGCAAAGAAAUUAAGUCCUUAUUAAAAAAAAAGAAUAUGGUAUACAAUAUAUUAUAUUGUACGUUGUAACUAAAUACCAGUGUACUUACAUAUAAUUAUUUACCGGUAAUUCAAUAUGAUUAGUUUUACUUACUGAUGUUAUAUAUAUCAAUUUGUAUGUAAAUAAAACUGCAUUUAGUUUAUUUACAACUCCUGUUAGAUUUGCACAGUUAUAUCUACUUGUAUCAAAUUCUGGUGCUGUGGCUAUUGGUUUAGAACUUAUAAUAUCUUGGUUAUUAUUCAUUUCACAUAUUUCACAACCAGAAUGUAAUAUUAAAUGCCAAUGUUAGUAGAAUUAUGGAUGACAUUCUCCAUCUAUUCUACUGGUUUAUCAACAGCUACCAUAUAAAUAUUAAAUAAGGCCACAUAAUGCUGUCUACCUAUAUUUAGCCUGGCCAAGCCGAUCUUCCAAUCCCUCUUCGCCAACAAUUUAAUAUGUCACAAAGAUCUUAUCAUAUUAUCAUUUCUAGUGAAAUAUCUUAAAAUUUAUAGCCAAAUUAACUUUAUCUUACAGUACAUAUUUGUAUGUAUUUUAUUAUUUGAAUGCUGUUGUCUGUACUUCUUUUUAUAUAAACAAUUUGGGAGGGAAAGUAUUUUAUGGAAAUGUCUUAGUUAAAUGUAGAAAGUUAUAUCUAAUAACUAUUGCUCAUAACUUUACAAGUGCUGAAACAUAGCAUUAAUAAUGCAUAUGAUGUUAAUUAUUAUGAGUAUUUUGACUGUAAUGGUAUUCUAAACUGCUGUGAUUUCUGUAUUAUUGUUUAUAUUUAUAUAAAUUUAUUGUAAUUCGUGAGCCCCACAAUGUUAAUUGUAUAAAAUUUAUCUUACCGGUAGUUAUCUCAUGUUUCGAAGUUUAAAAGUAAAAUUAGUAAAAGUGGAAAAUUUCCUCAAUCUGUUUUUUGUUUUGCACACAUGUGGACAUGUUUUGUCAUCAUCUGUCCGUCCACAAUUUCUUGUGAACACUUUAAAAGUCAAAUUUUUAAUAGAGAUUAGAAUUUAAGACUGCAAAGUGAUCAAUACUUAAAAUUCUAAUAAUAUAAAAGCUGCUAAAGUUGAUAACAUUACUACAACCUGUUCUUAUUAUCUUCCUAUUAAUACCAAAUAUAUUUUUGACUAAUAAACAUUAUACCAUUCCAAAGUCCCAAGAUAAUUAUCAAGGAGCUUUCACUCUCAUUAUUUAUACUUCCAAUUUCUGACACUUUUGUUUGAUUUGGAUCAUAAAAUGGUAGUGUUUCCAAGUUGGAUAAUUUAGAAAGAAAAUUGUUGAUCUAAACUUAUGAUUUUGUUUCUGCCACCUCUUGUCAUAAUAUGCAGCUGUGAAAUAUGUUUAUUGCUUAAUUUAUAUAAAUCUUAUACCUACAUUAUUAAUCAGUAUUGUUAUAAUUCUAUUUUUAUUUUAAAUAAUUUUAUUGAUACACAUAAUUGUUGUUAAUAUUGCUUGUAAUUUUUCAAUUGUUUAUUCCACAUUCUUAAUUCCACAUUCUUAAAUCAAACUAAUCAUCUUCAAUUCUUUUAAUUGAACUCAGUAUAUUAUGUAAAUAUAAACUAUAUAUAUAUUAUUAUUGUUACAUUGUCAAGGUACCAUAACAUAAAUCUUAUACCUAGACUGCAUUAGCUGGCUUUGUCAUAUGCUCUGAUGAAAAAGAAAAAAAAUUAUUUAUGAGAAGAUCAAAAUGGUUGGGUAGUUGUAACAAGAUCUGUGAUUGGUGCAUUUAGUUAGAUUUUUGUAUUAUUAACAAAUGGUAUUGUUGAAGAAAAAACAAAGUCUAAUGCAGUCUAGAUAUCAAAUGUAUGUCUUACUACUUUGCCAUUGUAAAGAUGGGUCGUUAUGUUGUUAUUGUUAAUUAUUCUCUAUUUAAUUAAUUAAACUAUUAAUAAAAAGAUAUUAUGUAAUAAUAUAUAUAAUAUUGUUAUAAUCAAGAAUAUAAUUAAUAUUUCUGUAUAUUUUACUUUCUGUUUUUUUCUUCAUAAAUAUUUUUUGAGAAAUAAAAAAAAAUCUUAUAUGUUUGCUUGUAGUUGGGCUUAGUUAAUAAAAUCUUUGAAGCUUU